AUGUCGAACACACCAGAGAACGGCGACGGAGAAUCGAUCACCACAGGCUUGUUCCCCCUUUUCCCUACUCCGUCAAACUCCGUCUCAACUAUCUCAACUGCUCCUCAAUGGCUUCGCAACGCCAGCUUCACGACGGAUCUCUCCGUAAUCGACGCCGCAGCUUCUACAGCUCCUCCUUCCCUAUCCGACGCCGAGGCUAGCGAAGAAGACGAAGAAAGAGAUGCUUAUAGAAACAACACUGAAUCCGUACAUCCUAGGGUUUACAAUUUGAUCGAAGAAGAAGAAGAAGGAUCCGAGGAGUCUGAUGAGGACAAGGUAAAGAAGAAAAAGAGGGAUAAAAAGAAGAAACUGAAGAUUAAUGAUUCUGAUGAAUACUAUACGAAGCCUGUCAAGGAUUAUUACUUGGACACGCGUCCUGAUCCUGAUAAUCUUGCUUAUGGUUCCAUUUACAGGAUGAAUGUUCCUCGUUAUAAGCUUGAUAGCUCUCAGAGAGGUUCUGAGUUAGGUUCUAUGAAGCUUUAUUUAAGGAAUAGGCGUGGCUCUAUGCUUGAUGCAGAGAUUGAUGUUAGUUCUUUAGACGGGAAAGCAAAGUCUGAUAACAGAUACUGGUAUGCAAAGCAUGCAGCCAUGGAGCGGAACAAGAAUUUCAAGCGGAUUCGUUUGUCUGCUUCUAGAGAGGCUGUUGAUUCGUCUUUUGAUCGUUUUAUUCCACUGGAGGAAGAAGGUGAAACAGUUCAAGAAAGUGAAGAGGAAGAUGUUUUAUCUGAAGUGGGAAUAUCGUGGGAGGAUGAGGUGUUGAAUAAGACCCGAGAGUUUAAUAGACAGACAAGGGAACGUCCUCAUGAUGAAAAGGCGUGGCUGGCGUUUGCUGAGUUUCAAGAUAAGGUUUCAAGUAUGCAGUCUCAGAAGGGAGUUCGCUUGCAGACUUUGGAGAAGAAGAUUAGUAUACUUGAGAAGGCUGUUGAAUUGAAUCCAGAUAGUGAAGAAGUGUUGCUUGCGCUUCUCAGGGCGUACCGAAGCAGAGACAGCGCAGAUGUACUGAUCAGUAGGUGGGAAAAGGCACUAAUGCAGAACUCCUCAAGCUACAAGUUGUGGAGGGAGUUUCUACGUGUUGUUCAAGGGGAGUUCUCCAGAUUUAAAGUAUCAGAAGUGAGGAAGAUGUAUUCUUACGCAAUUCAGGCACUCUUUUCUGCUUGCAGCCAGCGACAUAGGCAGAUGGAUGCAACAUCUGAACCAUUGGAUUCUUCUCUUAUCCAGCAGGAACUCGUUCUAGUCGAUAUGCUAGUUAGCCUCUGCAGGUUUGAAUGGCAGGCUGGAUACCAAGAGCUGGCCACAGCUUUAUUUCAAGCUGAAAUGGAAUAUAGCAUCUUUUCUCCAUCUUUGUUGCUAAGUGAACAGAGUAAAUUAAGAUUGUUUGAGCACUUUUGGAGCAGUAAUGGUGCUAGAGUUGGAGAAGAAGGAGCUUUUGGAUGGUCGUUGUGGUUGGAGAAAGAGGAGGAACACAGGCAGAAAAUGUUAAAAGAGGAAUCUUCUGUUGACAAUGACGUAGGCGGUUGGACAGGUUGGACAGAGAAAUUGUCAGAUAAGAAAGAAGACAAUAAUUUUGCUUCAGCUAACACUGGAGAAGGUGAUGUUAACGGGGAAGGCCUGGACGAAGAAAUGGAAGACGAGAAUGGCAUACCUGAAGAUGACACUGAAGCUAUGUUAAAGCUAUUAGGCAUUGAUGUCAAUGCUGCGGCCAGUGACGAGGUUAAAGAUGCUUCAACAUGGGUCAAAUGGUUUGAAGAAGAGGUUUCUCGAGAUCAAAAUCAAUGGAUGCCUACUCGGAAAGCCGGUGAAUUCUCAAGUGUUGAUGAAAUGGGCGAGAGAGAAGAUGAAGAGCAACUCUCAAGCCUUGUACUAUAUGAAGAUAUAAAUGGAUAUUUAUUUUCAUUACGUUCAAAGGAGGCUCGCUUAUCUCUGGUAUAUCAGUUCGUUGAUUUCUUCGGUGCACAUAUCUCCCCAUGGACUUCAAGCAACAGUUUGUGGUGGACUGAGAAAUUAAAUAGUCUUGAAACAUUGCCAGAUUCUAUGCUAGAAAAUUUGAGAAAUGUUCAUGAGUCUUUGUCGAAAUCAGAUGGUGCCAACGAUUUCAGCUUGGGAUCUCUUUUAGGUGGCAGCAAUGACAUAUCUAUGCGGACCGAGAUGAUGAAGUUUCUCCGCAAUGCCAUCUUGCUUUGUCUGAAUGUUUUUCCACGAAAUUACAUUUUGGAAGAAGCUGUGCUUGUUGCAGAAGAGCUAUUUGUAACGAACAUGAAAACAUGCGAAGUCGCUACUACCCCAUGCCAAGCUUUGGCCAAACGUCUCCUUAAAAGUGACCGGCAGGAUCUACUACUUUGUGGAGUUUAUGCCCAACGAGAAGCUGCUUCUGGAAAUAUGAAACAUGCAAGACGAAUCUUUGACAUGGCACUGACUUCUAUAUGUGGCCUCCCUAAGGAACUACAGGAUAACGCUCCAUUGCUAUAUUUAUGGUAUGCCGAAUCAGAAAUAGCCAAUAGUAGUGGCAGCGGUCUGGAAACAGAAUCGUCAUCUCGUGCUUUGCACAUUCUGUGCUAUCUGGGAAGUGGUCUAGCUUAUGUUCCUUAUAGUUCCCAGCCUUCAAGCAUGCAAAUUCUUAGAGCACGGCAGGGGUUCAGAGAGAAGCUUAAGACGAUACAAUCAAUAUGGUCCCAUGGUGUCACAGAUGAUCAGUCAGCAGCGCUUGUUUGUUCGGCAGCUCUAUUUGAGGAGUUAACAAAUGACCUUUCUGGUGCUGUUGAGAUCUUGGAGCACAUGUUCAGUUCUGUUCUUCCAGGAAGAAGAAGUCAAAGUCAUCAACUUGAAAACUUGUUCAAUUAUUACGUGAGAAUGCUUCAGAGACAUCAGGACGACCUAACUUUGUCAAAACUGUGGAAGCCCAUAUCACAGGGAAUGCAACUGUAUCCUCUAAGUCCUGAGCUUUAUCGAGCUAUGAUAGACAUCUGUAAUCACCGUAUGACAUCCCAUAGAUUGAGAAUGAUGUUUGAUGACUACUCCCGCAAAAACCCAUCCGUAGUUGUUUGGCUAUUUGCGCUUUCUUAUGAAUUGAGUAGAGGAGGAUCCCUACACAGAAUCCGUGGAUUGUUUGAGAGGGCAUUGGCACAAGAUACAUUAAACAACUCGGUGAUUUUAUGGCGUUGCUACAUUGCAUAUGAAAUCGACAUUGCACACAAUCCAUCAGCAGCUAGAAGGGUUUACUUCCGUGCUAUAAAUGCUUGCCCAUGGUCGAAGAAACUAUGGCUGGAUGGGUUUGGGAAGCUGAGCUCAGUCCUGACGGCGAAAGAGAUGUCAGAUCUACAAGAAGUGAUGCGGGACAAGGAACUUAACAUUAGGACAGACAUCUACGAGAUUCUUCUUUUGCAGGGUUAA